ACACAUCGACGAACAAAAAAUCGUGAAAUACUUGUGGUGCUUAAAUAAAUUCUUAUGCGAAAAAGUUUUUCUACAAAGUUAAUAAAAUUCAUGACAUAGCAAUGACGGACUUUGAAGAGAAAGGCAAAAAGAAAAGCUACACCGUGAAUGAUUUGUCUAAAGUUGAAUUCACCAAAAAUGGCUCCGCUACUGACAAAAGCAGCAAUGCUGAUUCAGAAACAAAUGGAAACGAAGUACCGAGUGUAUCAUUUAUUACAUUAUUUCGAUUCGCUUCCGGGAUGGAUAAAUUGUAUAUAUUCUUAGCAAUAUUAUUCUCAAUAUUAUGUGGAUGUAUGACGCCAAUAAAUACUCUGUUGUUUUCAUCUUUGUUACAAAGUAUGGUAAGGUUCGGAAUUUUGCAAGAAGCUGAUGUCUUCCUCGAAGCAAUCAAAACAUUUGCAAUAAAUAACAGUAUAGUUGGCGCAAUACUUGUUAUAUUCUCGUAUCUUGCGACUAUUCUUAUGAAUAUAUCAGCUUUUAAUCAGGUAUACCGGAUUCGUCAGGAGUAUUUAAAAGCAGCUCUAAAUCAAGAUUUUGAAUAUUUCGACUCGCAUCAAACAGGAGACUUCGCAAGCAAAAUGACCGAUGAUGUUGUAAAACUGGAAGAAGGAAUAGGAGAAAAACUAGCAACGUUUAUUUUCUACCAAGCAUCAUUCGUCAGUUCCAUAAUAAUGGCACUUAUUAAAGGGUGGAAGUUAGCCUUGUUGUGCUUAAUUUCUUUUCCGGUUACUUUAUUCUUAGUCGGAAUAGCUGGGCUGAUUGCUGCGAGAUUAUCUAAGAAAGAGGCAAUAGCAUCCGGCAAAGCAGGUGCCAUCGCCGAAGAGGCGCUAUCAGCAGUCCGGACAGUUUAUGCAUUCAGCGGUCAGAGAAAAGAAAUCGAAAGAUAUGAUGGCCAUCUUUCAGAAGCAAGAAAGAUCAAUAUUAAAAAAGGGUUUUUCAACGGAAUGGCAAUGGGCACGCUAUUCUUUUGUAUUUUCUGUGCGUAUGCCUUAUCAUUCUGGUUCGGCUACAAACUUAUGGUAGAGGAGCCAGAAACAUACGAUGUCGAUACAAUGAUAGCUGUUUUCUUUGGUGUUAUGAUGGGUUCCGCCAAUUUUGGUAUAUCGUCAACAUUAAUGGAAGUGUUCGGAGUAGCGCGCGGCGCCGGCGCACAAAUUUUCAAUUUGAUCGACAAUGUUCCCUAUAUCAAUCCAUUAAAAAACCAAGGUGUCACGCCCAGCUCCGUUGAAGGGAAUAUCGAACUAAAAAACGUAAUAUUUCACUAUCCAUCGAGACCGGAUGUUCCCGUCUUAAAAGGAGUAAAUAUAAGUGUGAAACGGGGUCAGUCAGUGGCGCUGGUAGGACACUCAGGCUGUGGAAAGUCUACUAUCAUUCAGCUCAUAUCUAGAUACUACGACGUCGUUGAUGGUAGCGUUUCCAUUGAUGGUAAUGACGUAAGAGAAGUGUCAGUACGAUGGCUACGCGCGCAAAUCGGUCUCGUGGGUCAGGAACCAGUGCUAUUCAACACCACAGUCCGGGAAAAUAUUCGGUACGGUCGGGAAGACGCCUCCGACGCAGACAUCGAAGGAGCCGCGAAACAAGCGAACGCUCACGAAUUUAUCAUGAAACUGCCUUCGGGCUACGAUACUCUUGUCGGUGAACGCGGUGCUUCUCUCUCGGGUGGUCAAAAGCAAAGAAUCGCUAUAGCCCGCGCAUUGGUACGCAAUCCGCGCAUUCUUCUGCUUGACGAGGCGACCAGUGCACUCGACACGUCCUCCGAAGCAAAGGUUCAAAAAGCAUUAGAUAAGGUACAUAUUUAUUUUAAGGCUCAAGAAGGCCGUACAACAAUAGUUGUAGCACACAGACUGAGUACGAUUAGAAAUGUUGAUAAAAUUUAUGUCUUCAAAAGUGGAGAUAUUGUAGAAAGCGGAAGUCACUCCGAACUAAUGAGCAAAAAAGGACAUUACUUUGAUAUGGUGAUGUUGCAAUCCUCACCGGAUGUAAAUGAAACAGAACAAGGCAACCCAAUAAACCGUACGAUAUCUGUUCAAAGCGAAAAAGAUGAAGACGAGCACGUAGAAACAAGAAUUAUAGAAAGUGAUCAGACUAUGGACACACCAGACAUUUCUUUUGCCCAAGUUGUGAAACUCAAUGCACCGGAAUGGAGAUCAAUUACAGCAGCGAGUUUUUGUUCACUUGUUAGUGGAUUUUCUAUGCCACUGCUCGCUGUAAUCCUCGGUGACUUUAUGGGUGUUCUCUCAAAUCCAGACACAGAUGCAGUUAGAGCUGAAGUGCGAAAUUACGCUCUUAUAUUUGUCGGUAUUGGCGUUUUUUCUGGAAUCACCAAUUUCGUUAUGGUAUCAAUGUAUGGAGUCGCAGGUGAAUAUUUAACGGCUCGAUUAAGAAAAAGUAUGUUUGAGAAAUUGCUACAUCAAGAUAUUGGUUUCUUCGACGACAAAAACAAUUCCGUUGGUGCUCUUUGCGCUCGACUCUCUGGUGAAGCAGCGGCUGUGCAAGGGGCGACGGGACAAAGAAUUGGUUCAGUUCUUCAAGCGGUCGGUACGUUUAGUUUCGCGCUCGGCGUUUCGCUAUAUUACGAAUGGCGAUUGGGACUUGUUGCAUUAGCAUUCGUACCGUUGAUGGCAGCUGUACUUUAUAAACAAGGCAGAAUGGUCACAGCUGAAUCUUUUGGAACAGCGAAGACUAUGGAAUCGAGUUCGAAAAUAGCCGUAGAAGCCGUUUCAAAUGUACGCACAGUCGCUUCUCUGGGUAGGGAGGAAACCUUCAUCCAGGAAUACGCUAAACUACUUACACCUGCUCUCAUCAUCGCUAAACGAGCUUGCCACUGGCGAGGAAUUGUUUUUGGUCUCUCUCGUGGACUUUUUAACUUUGUAUAUUCUGCAACAAUGUUUUACGGAGGACAUCUCAUGGUGUAUCAAGGCGUUUAUUAUGCAACCAUUCUCAAAUCAGCUCAAACUCUAUUGAUGGGUUCGUCGUCAGCGACUCAAGCGUUCGCGUUUGCUCCUAAUUUCCAGAAAGGAAUCAAGGCUGCAGGUCGCGUGAUUAUGAUAUUGAAUCGUCAAUCUAAAAUCAUGGAUCCAGACCAACCUGCAGCCGAAAACUUUAGAGGAACAGGCGAAGCGAGCUUACAAAAUGUACAAUUUAAAUACCCGACGCGACCACUUAUUCAAGUAUUGAAAAACUUAGAUCUUGAAAUAGAGAACGGCAAGACGAUUGCGUUAGUUGGCGCCAGUGGAUGUGGAAAGAGCACCAUCAUACAACUGCUGGAGAGAUACUACGACCCCGAUCAAGGCGUUGUGGCUCAAAACGGCGUACCGCUGCCAAAACUACGGCUGGUAGAUGUUAGACAAACAAUCGGGUUCGUGCAGCAAGAGCCGAUUCUUUUCGACCGCACUAUUGGAGAGAAUAUAGCAUACGGAGACAAUACAAAACAGCUUGCAAUGGAUGACAUUAUCAAAGCCGCCAAACAAGCCAAUAUACAUAAUUUCGUGGUAUCUCUGCCUCAGGGCUACGAUACCAACAUUGGAUCGAAAGGCACACAGUUAUCCGGUGGCCAGAAACAAAGAGUCGCCAUAGCUAGAGCUUUGAUAAGGCAACCAAAAAUGUUACUUUUGGAUGAAGCUACUAGCGCCCUGGAUACCGAAAGUGAAAAGGUGGUACAAGAGGCUCUGGAUGCAGCAAAGGCCGGUCGAACGUGCGUAAUGAUCGCUCAUCGACUGAGCACGGUGCGCGACGCCGACACUAUAUGCGUACUAAACGCGGGAUGUGUUGCUGAACGAGGCACGCAUUCGGAACUAAUUCAACUCAAAGGACUAUACUACAAUUUAAAUCGACGAGGAUAUACAUGAUGCGCCAAUAUCACAAUUUAGUAAAUAAUAUUUUACACAUAAAUUUAAGUUAUUGUAGUAUCAAAGUUACUACACAAUAAGAUAGACAAUAUUGUUAUAAUUUUUUAUUCAACAACAUGAGUAAAUUUGAGGAGUUCCAUCUAAACAAAAAAGUUAAACCAACAAAAUUAAUAAUAAAUUAUUAUAUACUUUUUACGUAAAAUAAAAUAGGGAAUGGAUUUUUAAAAUAAAAUACAUAUAUUUUUUUAUAUUUAUACAAGCUUUUUAUAAUUACAUACGAGCAACAAUUUUUGUUUUUAAGUUAAGUAGAGUAGAGAGAGAUAUAUAAAGGAUGGUUUUAAUCUACACGUGGUAUUUUAGAAUAUUUUAUUUUCAAUCUAGUGCAUCAGGAAAAUCUAAUAUGUCAAUUUUCAUACAUAAUAUGUCUGUA